GAAUUUUUCUUUCUUUUACCUUUUUUUUUUUUGAAACAUAGUAAAUGAAGAUAUGAUAUGUGCGUAACGGCGUGGACGAAAGUAUGUGUAUUUUGUAACACUCUGGUUGGAUUGCUAUACAGGAGUUCGAUUAGAUCUCACAGCUCGGGAAGGUUGAUCGCACUGGUACACUUGUGAGACCCUCUAUAAUUUAGAAUCAAUGUAGGCUUUUGAUAUAUUUUGAUAACGAAUCUUUGUUUUUUAAAUUCAAUUAACAUUAUAAAUUUUUCACUGUUUAUAUAGCGAUCCAACCAAGGACAUGGUAUGUGCUACAAGCGGAUAUAUUUUUUUGAUCUGUCCACACACAAAAGUGUUUGUAGAUCUGGAAAGACUGAUUUAAACAGAGCUAAGUGGUUGGCUGUACAGUAGAUGUUCCUGCUUGUUAAUUGUAUAGCGCCCAGUCUUUUUAGAUGAUUACUAAAAAAAAAAAUUUACAAAGAAAUAUAUUCUCUGUGCUCCCUUAACACCACAAUAACGGUAAAAAAAUUUGUCCUAAGUCAAAGUUAUGUCUCAAAUCUAAAAGGAGACAGAACUUUUCCAUUACAAUUGUAAAAAAAAAAAGUUAAUCCUAUUCUUUUCAUUUUUCAUUACUGACAAUUUUGUUUGUUUCAGCUUAUUUUUUUACCUGUUUUUAUUUUUUUAACACGGACUCAUAAAUAACGGCAUUUCUCUCGAUUCCAAUAUUUUCGUAUGAAUUUCGAUCGGAACUGCUAUUAUUUAUAGUUAUUUUGCUAGUGUUUAUGCACCUUUUAAAUACUGAGGCAAGCUAUGUACAUUCAGACAUUCCGGCCAAUGAGCCCAGUCACUUGUCGAAGUAUUUUCAAGACGCCCCCUAUCACGUUUUAUGUUAUAGGGACGCCUUUAUAUAAUUUAAUUUUUUUGGUUUUUUCUUUAGAUCUUCUUAACGCUAACACCUUAGAUGUAAACGAAAGAAAUGUUGGGAAACUACCUUUCGUUAUUUCGCAGCAUUUCUUUUUUUUUUUAUGGAAUUUUAAAUAACACUGUCGUUUUUAAGAUUCCAGAAUAACUUCGAAGGUGCCCUUGAUCAUAGUGUUACAUGAGGGGGGUCUCUUCGAUCGUUAAUUACUGAGUGUUACACUAACGAAUCUCAAAUAAGACAGUUUUUAUCAUUUUUAUUUUGUUAACUCCAAAAACUGUUUUAUUUUAAAUAUAUAUCAGCAAAAAAUUUUUUUUGUCUCUUUUUGCGGAUAUACAGGGUGAUGGAAGCAACGCAAAUAUAUGUAAUUUUGUGUUGCUUGGUAAUGUAUGUCUUCGCAAGUAAGAUAGGAUUAACAUUGCUUUGGAUAUCAUAACAUAUGAUAUGAUAUGAUAUGCAAGACAAUCGGUUGCACCUUUCGAAACUAUUAGAAUUGAUUUUGUUUUCAAACACCAUACAUCAUUGGCGUCAAUCGAGCCAUGACAACAUGACUUCGAUGUUGGUCCUCGUCACAGCUUAGCUCGCAUCACUAUAGUUUCGAGUGGUGUGAUGAGAGUAAAAUUAAAAUAAUGUUAAUUCGAAUGUUAAUACUUAGUGCGUGUGAUUGAUUAGUGUUAAGACGAUCGAAGACUCAUGUAGGCCUUCAGUCGUCGUGAAGACUUAAUGUCUGAACACCAGGUGCAUGACUAAAGCUUUGAUGAAGGACAGGGAAGGAUGCGGGUGCAUCGUAAUAAAUUUUAAAAAACUACAAAAAUUUUGACACCUUUCCCGAUCUAACCGGCCGUAACAUUUUUUCCAGGGCUCCGGAGUAUUUUGUUGGGUUGCGAUAACUCGUAUAGUUAAAUGUAACAGUUCCUCCACUAUGCGAAUAGCGUUCAGAGACGCGGGUACUUUUAAGUAGUGUGUUAAGUUAAUGUGUACAUGGUCAUGGUCGCUGGUCUCUGGUGGUGUCUCGAACCAGGAUUUUCUGUUAUCGGGAGACAUUUUGCUGUUGCGCUGUUCCUUAGUUCUGUUGCUGGUUGUCACCUCGUCAUGGGAGAUGAAUUCACAACUUGCAUGCCAUCAUCGGAAUGUUUUUUAUAAACUGACGCCUCCUCUCGGCGCCUACCCUCAGCCGCAGCCUCCCCAGGGACCCUUCCUGCCCGCGCCACCACAUCAGGCCGCCCCACAGUAUGGCGGCCACAUUCCAGUGGCGGGCGGCUCACCAUACGGCAUGACGUUCGGCGGCGCGGGCGCGGGGGCGGGUGGGGUGUAUGCUCCGCCGCCCUACGAUCAGCUGCAGCAUCAUCAGGCCAUACCAGCCCUCAGCCAGCAGCUGCCGAUGUACAGCCCGGCUGCGGCGAUGUACGCGGCGGCGGCCGCCGGCUACCCCGGGUACAUCGGCUACCCCGUGCAGUACUACCCAUACUACCCCACGGCCGUGCAACCCUCCAUACAACCACUACGCCCCACCAUCAUGAUACCGAACGGUUUCGAGGCUGGAGGUAGGUUCGAGGGCCUUGCUCAGACCCUGCUGCCGCCCGCGCCCCCCGGCGUGCCGCCCUCGCCCGCACACCUCGCCGCCAUACAGCCGCACCAAGUGCUGUGGCGUUAACUGACUGAUGCAGGAGGAAAGCCCGGGGCGAGCCGCGAGUCGACGACUGUACACACUAGAUUAAAUAUUACAUUUACUAGAUCGGAUGCUCCGUCUACUAGAUUGAAUAUUUCAUCGAAUAGAUCGGACACGAGAUCGACUACACCGGAACCUCCGUCUACUGGACCGGAUGUUCCACGCGGCCCGCCCGGGAGUCGUCUGUGAUGUGUCGGUGGUCCGCCGCCCUGGCGCUCCGCCCCGGCCAGCCCGCUCUCUCCUCCGCCUGUGUGCGCGGGCGUGCUCGCGCGGCGGACUCGCCCGUCUGCUAGUAUAACGUGACCGCCCUGGACGUGCUGUCUGUGUGUUUGCCUCAAUCUCUAUCUCUGUAACUCGUCAUUCUGAAGUCGUCGGUUGUGUUUCUCUUCCAAACGCACGCACAGCACAAUAUCGUAUAUAGUAUGAAAUGCGUGUAUGUGGAGGUUGUGUGUGUGUGUGUGUGUGAGCGCGUGAGUGUCCUAGUUAAUUUGAACCGGUCCCCAGCCGCCCGGCCUGCCCCCGCGGGCCGCCGCCGCUCCGCGGACCGAUGAUGAAUCUCCGAUGAUGAACGUUUCAUUGAAUGUUUCUCAGAAUCUCAGAUUAUUUAAGUGUAAGUGUUAGCGCCGCGUCUCCUCGCGCCGGUCGCCCGCCAGAGGGCGCGGUCGGGACGGAACGCGGCCGCGUGUUGUUUUGUAUUUUAUAUAUAUUAUUAUUAUUAUAUUUUCUUUGGAGUUAUAUUUUGUUGUGAUCAUGUCUGUCUGUCUGUCUCGGGACGCCGCGACUGUAUCUGUGUCGCGUCGCCAGUGUCCGCGCUGCUCUCCUCUCCACUCCGCUCUCGGCGCGUCUUGUAUAUGAUACAUAUGAUGUAUCCCGGAUCUCCUCGCUCUCACACGAACGUGUUGGACAUAUCCAAAUCGUUUCUGUUAGGACGACGUCGCUCCGUCUAGAGUUUAUAGUGCAGCCGAUGUGAGAGUUCCAAAAUUUAGUUUUCCCCUUCGAACGCAGCUAUCUGUAGUCGUUAUAGCCGCGUCUGAAGCGGCGACCUCUGGACCUAUCGUAUUGAUUGUUAAGGUUUAGAGAUCGUUUGAAAUACAUCGCCUAUGUAAGUGAAAGUGGGUAUUGCUCAAACGCGGGCAACCAGUCGACUCGGAGUCGCGUGCAAUAUAUAGCAUAGUUAUUAUUUUGUUUCCAAUAAAAUGAAAAAAAAAUCCUA